GACGUAAUAACUAGAGGGACCUUCCUGUGCCAGCCCCGACCGACACUUGGGUCCCCAGCCCGGCUCCCGGCCUGUGUGUGCGCAGGGCCAGUCCCCGGCUGCAGCCCCGGGCCCCGGCAGGGCGGGCUGGAUUUCCACCCCCCAGACCAGUCGUGAGUCCUAGAUGGAGCCAGAGGUAAAGCCGUGCACGCUGGAUCCCCAGUGCUCCAGUGACAGCUGCGUCCCUACAGACACUUCUGCAGCUGGCAACGAGGCGCAGAGCGGGGACAAGGAGAGGAGUCCUGGCCCGGAGGAUGGGGCGCUGUCAGGCGGGUCCGAGUGGGAGUUGUCCCCCAGCCCCGACCGGGAAUGGCCGCCGAUGACGCUCCCCACUGCCAACUCAGGGAAACCCUACAACUGUGCUGACUGUGGCAAAGCCUUCACCUGGCCCUCACACCUGGUGCAGCACCGGCGCAUGCACACGGGUGAGCGCCCUUACCGCUGUGCCGACUGCGGCAAAGGCUUCGCUGACAGCUCGUCCCUAGUUAAGCACGGCCGGACCCAUACAGGAGAGCGCCCCUACACCUGCCCGCAGUGUGGCAAAGGCUUUGUGGACAGCUCGUCACUCACCAAGCAUGCCCGUACCCACACAGGUGAGCGCCCCUACAGUUGCCCCAGCUGUGGACGCGGCUUCGCCGACAGCUCCCGGCUGGCCCAGCACCGACGCACCCAUGCUGGGGAGCGACCUUACUGCUGCCCUGACUGUGGGAGGGCAUUCGGCCGUCGGGCACACCUGAUCGAGCACCGGUACACCCACACUGGCGAAAAACCCCACCGCUGCCACCAGUGUGGCAAAGGGUUCAGCCAGAGCUCCAACCUGACGCAGCACCAGAAGACCCACCUGGCGGAGAAGCCUUUCAUCUGCCCACAGUGCGGGAAGGGGUUCUGUCUGCGCUCCCAGUUGGCCAAGCACCAACGGCUGCACAGCCCUGACAACCCCCAUCGCUGUCCCCAGUGCCACAAGGGCUUUGUGGACCGCUCCCCACUCCUCAAGCACCUGAGGAUCCACACUGGGGAGCGGCCCUUCCGGUGCACUGAGUGUGGGAAGACUUUCAGCAUGAGUUCCCACCUCACACAGCAUCAGCGAGUCCACACUGGUGAGAAACCCCACCACUGCCACCAGUGCGGCAAGGCAUUUGCCCAGAGCUCCAACCUGACGCAGCACCUGCGCACCCAUACUGGGGAGCGCCCAUACAAGUGCCCCAAAUGUGGCCGGGCCUUCAGUGAUAGCUCCAGCUUCUUGAGGCACCAGCGGCUGCACAGUGGGGAGCGGCCCUACCGCUGCCACCACUGCGGCAAGGGCUUCGCUGAUGGCAAAGUGCUGCGCAAGCACCAACUAACCCAUAGCGGUGAGCGGCCCUUUGCCUGUGGGCAGUGUGGCCGCGCCUUUGCCCAGAGCUCCAACCUGGUGCAACACCAGGCCAUCCACACUGGUGAGCGGCCCCACCGCUGCCACCAAUGUGGCAAAGGGUUCUGCUUUCCCUCACAGCUGGCGCAGCACCGGAAGCUCCAUGCCACUAUUAUUGUGGUGGACGAUGGCGAUAACGAACUCCCCUCCCGACCUGCUAACUAAGCCCCUCCAGUCCCUGGCUGCCCUGGGUGGGGAUUGAACCCGGGACUCCUCUGUUGCUUGAGUUACCGGGCCAAGAGGGUGAUACAGACUUGUAAUCCUUUAUCCAGCCACUAGAGAGGGACAGGGAGCAGGUUUAGUGCUACAGCUGAUCAAGGAACAGAAAGAAAAACAGUUUCACUAAGUCAAUUUGGUUCUGGAACAAGACACUUUUUUUCUUGUAAUCGAAAUUGUUGGUGAUAUUUCCCCCCCCCCCCACACACACACACAAAGUCAUGUGACUAUUGGAAGAUCUCAGCUUUUUAAAAAAGUCAUUUUCUGAUCCUCAUGGUUGGGGAGAAAAGCUGGGAAAAUUACUCCAACUGGCUCAGAAUCGUGACUAAACAGACCCUUCCAUUUACGAUUUCCAACCUCUCAUGAUGGUUUUAAGCCAUGAUUAUUCUGGGGGCUGGCUUGUGAUUUUUGAAUGCUUAGAGUGGCCAUGCUGCUGGGGUUAAAUUUUGGAGAUAUUUGUGAACCCACUCCAAUCCCAGUGGAGUUGGUGGAAUUUGUUCAUGUGUCUCACAAUUGUGAAGGGUUUAGGAAUCCACCAGAGGCUGAAUUUAUAGCCAGGAUUCUAAGGCUAAGGUGUAAUUCAUUGGCUUAAUGCCUGUGGCCAUGUCUCCCUCUAGUGCACAGCCCUGGCUAUUACAAUACCCACUGCUCACUCACAGCUGAGGGAGUUACCCCUUUAGCUCAGGGUAGCAUCGCAUCAUGCAUUGGGGUUGGGACUAACGGACAAGAGCUGGUCAGGAAAUGAUUUGUUUGUCCCCAUGAAAUGUUUUAAUGAAAACAGAGUUGGGAAAAAUGUGUUUCCUUGAAAUUUUUCAUCUAAACUUUUGUGGAAAAUGUUCAGGGUUUUUGUCAACAAACCUAAAGCUGAGAAAAUUUGGGUUCCCAAAACCCAAACAGUUUCCAGGUAUUUUUCAAUGAACCCCACCAACUUUUCCAUGCCAUGGAAAUUUCUAGGGGAAAAAAAAUGUGUUAACAACAACAACAAAAGACCAGGGGGAUGGGACGGGACAGGAUGACAUUUCCCACCUAAAAGUCUUUGGAUGGCCAGCAUCUGAUCAGCUUUGGAAGACAGUCACGUGCCCAAAUUCCUUCAGAUCCUGUAAUAAUCACCUUUGGGGGCUGAGAACCCAUGGGUUGGAUAUACAAGAAUAAACAACACAUCACGAUGGAA